UCUCAGAAGUGGUUAGCAACAUAAGAACUCUCAACGAUUUGGAGGAAGGAGGAGGUGCUAAUUUUGACAAUGAUGAAAAUUGAAAGAGAGAAAGGGGUGGGGAACGGCUGAAGCGGUGCUACCUGAGCCCUCUCUGUUUGUUGGUUAAAUCCCGAAUGGAGCUUCAGCUUAUCACGUAAACCACUUAUCUCCAAGAACUGUAGAAGCAGUAAGAAAGAAAACUCAAUGCAAUCAAAAUGUAAAGAGAGAGAAGGAAAUAGGAAAAAGAUUCAAAAAACCCAUCUUUCAAAGACUGCACAUUACUGGAAAUAGAGCUCAGAAUCAGCGCCAAUGGUGAAGAAAAUGUUUUACAAUUGGAAAUCUUGGUGGACGGCACAUCGCAACCGCAAUUACUUUGUUUUCAAGUUGGCGGUCUCAGUUCUUGUUGUGGGUAUUGCAUUUAGGCUUCUCUACGGUAGAUCCUUGGAAAUUUCUCCAGUUUCAGACAACCCUUUUCUUGAAACCACUCAGAUUUCAAUACCGCCUGUUGUUUCAGUCAAUUCUCAAGAAGAAAAUGCUCAUCAGAUUGCUCUACAAGGUUAUGGUAAAACAUCCAGUGAGAAUGGAAAAAAAUGUGAUCUUUUUACUGGGAAUUGGAUUCCUAAUGCGGCAGGACCAAUUUACACGAAUAAUAGUUGUAGUUUUAUUGAAGAACACCAGAAUUGUUUGAAGAAUGGACGACCGGACACUCGUUAUCUCUACUGGAGAUGGAAGCCCCGUGGUUGUGAUUUGCCUCGUUUUGAUCCCGGCAGGUUUCUUGAUUUAAUGAGGAACAAAAGCUGGGCAUUGAUUGGCGAUUCGAUAUCGCGAAACCAUGUCCAAUCGUUGCUUUGUAUGCUGUCUACGGUUGAACAAGCUGUUGAAGUUUACCACGACGAGAAUUACAAAUUCCGACGAUGGGUCUUCCCCUCGCACAAUUUCACUGUUUCAGUCAUUUGGUCCCCUUUCCUUGCUGAAGCGGCCAUUUUUGAAGAUAUGAACGGAGUUUCCUCAUCCGAAAUUGAACUGCAGCUAGACAGACUCGAUAAGAAUUGGACUGAGCAGUACAAGAAUUGGGAUUACAUGAUCUUUUCCAGUGGAAAAUGGUUUGUUAAAGCUGCCAUUUACUAUGAGAACAAUACCAUAUUGGGUUGCCACUACUGCCCCAAACUGAACGUUACAGAGCUGGGAAUCGAGUUUGCUUACCGCACAGUCAUUCGGAAUGUGUUCAAAUACAUCAUUGCAUCAAAACACAAGGGGAUGAUCUUUUACAGGACCUCCACACCGGAUCAUUUUGAAAACGGCGAAUGGUUCAGCGGUGGAGUUUGUGAAAGAAAAGUACCAGCAAAGGAAGGUGAAUUCAAGUUGAAUGAGUUGAACAAGAUUCUCCGCGCUGUAGAACUGGAGGAGUUUGAGAAGGCAUCAUCAAAAGCAUCUGAAAAUGGGGUAACUCUUAAGCUUUUCGAUGUUAAUCCUCUUUCGUUAUUGCGGCCUGACGGGCACCCGGGCCCGUAUCGAUUUUUCCAACCAUUUGCCAAAGAUAAGAAUGCAAAGGUCAUCAUUGACUGUCUGCAUUGGUGCCUGCCCGGCCCCAUAGAUUCUUGGAAUGAUCUCUUGAUGGAAAUGAUAAAGAGUAGUUGAGAUAGAACUCUACCUUGCAUUUCUUGAGCAAAUGGAAGAUGAAAUUUUAAAGUCUAUGCAUGUGAAUUUUAGGGUUCAUGCGUAACACGAACGUCCUUCGUUUUUUGCGAGUUGAUUAAUUUUGGAGGGAGACGAUACGCUUAUAUUCUUUUCAUCGGCAGAACAAUUCAAACGGAUCUCCUCGUACUCGCUUGUCAUUAUGGUGACAUAUAUGGUUUAGAUUAUCUGUUUUACUGUACUUGAGAUCAACUGACAUCUGAAUCCGAGUAAUGUUAAAUAGGCCAAGAAUCAGAUGACUCUGCUCUUUCUGGGCAGUUGUUCUUUGUUUGAUGUUAAGAAAUUGAAAUGUGCUUUGCUGGAA